ACCCGCCCCCGCUUAAAGGCGCCGCGCUCCGUCCGCGCCCGCCAGGAGGCGCCCGCCGCCCGCGCCGCGCCCGGGACCGACCCGGGCCCGAGACCCUGCGCGCGCCGCCGCCGGGAAGCCUCCGGGCCGCCCCUCGCCGGGCGUCACGCGACGCGCCCACAUCGAAUCCGAGACCCCGGCUUAGCCUUCGUAGGCCGGGGGACCCUCGGGCGCUGCGCUCUUCUCCCAGAGGCAUCCGGCUGCGCCCACCGCGCUGGCGACUCUGCAGAGGCGCCCCAAGCCUUCACUGUCCCCGGGGCGCGCCGAGCGGACGCUGGCGAGGGGCCAGCUCGCCCCCGUAAGGGUCUCCUGUGUGCUUUGUAAACCAGCACUUGGAGUCCAGGUGGUGCCCACCUGGAAGGGAGGCAGGGCGGCCAGUCUCCCAGGAUCAGUCAACCAAGAGACCCGAGAUUCUCAAAUCACGGCAGCUGCCAGAGGUGCCCCUGAAAUCACAGCUGUGCCCUGGCUUAGCCCCGCCUGGAACUGUGCUCCUUUUAUCUCUGCCCAAGGUGAGGGAACUCAGGGGACCUUCCUGCUCCUCCCCCGCCCCUGCCCCCACAACCUUUGGCAUCAACCACUGUCCCCACCCCCAUCUCGGGGACUUGCUAGUCCUGGGGCUGCUGGGAGGGGUACAGCCACAAGAGGGAUGUCAAGCCAGGGCAAUAUGACGCCCCCACAGCCCACCCCACUGGUCUCCAGAGAGGCCCAGAGAUGUCCAGCUGGGCAGGCAGAGGACGGAGAGGCUCGGGCAGGCUUGGCCCAGGGUGGAGAAGGCCCAGGUGCGGGCACCCUGAGCAGAGAUGGCCCCCCAGCCCCCACCCAGCUACCCAGGCCUGGGCGCUGCAGACAGCGAGUGCACUUCCCCAGAGGGCCAGGUGGCUCCUCCCACGGCAGCAUCACCCACUUCCCCCAGCUCACCACCAGCUGGGCCCUGGUCUCCCAGGAGAAUCUUACACAUUGAAGCUGUACUGUGCUCAGCUCUUUGCCGGAGGCUAAAGCUCCCAAUUGGGCCAUCCCACCCCACUCUGCCACCUCUGCCAUCUAGGAACCCAGAUGCCCGGAGAGGAGGUCUGUCCUGGGGCCCUUAGUGUCUUCCCACAGGAGCCCAGCACGCGCCUGCAAGGGCCUGGUCCCGGAAUGAACUGUGGAUGGAGGCUGCUUUGUCCUUUUCCCCGUCCAGAUCCAUGCCCAUAAACACCGCUGACUAUAGGCUGGGCCCAGGGUCCCUUCCUCCAGCCUGCAGCAGAGGGGCUUUCCAGGCUGGAAAGGGAAGGAGUCCUUUUGUCCCUGACGCAAGCGGGUUGGGGGCCAGCACCCGCUCCAGGAAGAGGAAGGGAGCCAGCCUGAAGUUCAGACUCCCUGCUCCCUCUAGCCAGGGCCUGGAGCCUGGAGGCCAGGUUCCUUCUUCUACACCAGCCCACGUUGGGUGCCAGCCAGGCUGGGAUGGCCCUGCAGGGUCACCCUGAGCCCCAGCCAACCAACACCCCACUCUCAGCCACAGUGGGAGGCCCCAUCAGCCUCUUCACCCAACCACGUUGCCACUCUGCUGCACGGGACCUUGUGUGGUCCUGGGCGUGGCCAGACCCAGACGUCCUGGAGAUCUCAAUGCAGACACCCGGCGGCAGUUCCUGCAGGAAGGAGGCUGUCCUGCCACGCCUGCGGGUGACCCGGCCUCUGGUGCCAGAGCCCGCCAUCCUUCCUGUUUGUGCUGCCAGGCUGGCAGGGUCCCUUGCCACCGACCUCAGCCGCAGCCACAGCCUGCUCCCUCCCUGGGUGGAUUUGAAGGAGCCUCCCCCACCCUCCGACCCUAGCUUGCUCCUUGAGGACCCUGGGCAGGGUGGCUGCCAUGGGGCCCAGUCGUGCGUGGGAACCUGCGAGCUGGCAAACGGGGCUCGGGGGUUUUGCCCAGAAAUGGGUCAGAACGAAAGCCUCUCAGAGGAAAGAGAAGGGCAUGAGUCAAAGAGAAAGUCGGGGGGCAGGGGCUCCCCCUCAUCUCACCCCACCCAGGCCUCCUGACUCCCUGGGUUUGUGUGGACCCAGGCAGGCAGCCAACCCCAGCUCCGUGGUGUGUGAGCAUCGUGAUGAUCAGGACACAAGCUCUUCCCAGCUGAGCCUUCACUGUGGGCCAGCUUCCCGGUGGAUGCCCACUGAAGAGGCCUCAACCCAGUGGGCCCCACUCCAGACCAAGAGCAGACCAUUGGCCAGCUGCCCCCUGCAGACAGCGGCACCCGGGGCAGCAGCAAGGUGAGGGGCACCCAGCCCCAGCCCGAGGGGCGUCUCAGGGAGCGGGCUGAGCCUGGCUGUCUUCCUGAGCCCCACCUGCUUCAUGGGUUGGCUUGAGCAAGGGCAGUCCAGAUGCGUGUCUCGAGCGCCCCCUGGCGGCAAGCUGCAAAGCUACAUGGCUCCGGCAAGAAGGAAGACUGCCCUUUAUUCUCAAUAACAGGUGGUGCUGGGGGCUGGAGAGCCCCUCUGACCUCGCCUUGGGAAAGCCGGGUGGGUGCACGGAGCCCGGCAGGUGGCCAAGGGGACCCCCAAGUGGAGGGAUUGGUCGAGGGGCAGCACAGGGUGGUGCAGUGGGUGAGCUCAGCCCCUCCCCUCCCAGUCUCAUCCCAUUGAGCCCCAAGGCGUGGGGGGAUCACGUCUGUGUCCUUGUUCUCCUCCAGGUGGAGCUGCUGGGUGGGGCUCUGGUCCUCCAGGGACCCACUCUGCACCCCAAGUUUUGCCGGGACCCGCUCCUCUGUGUUGCGUGGCUGUAGGGGAGGGCUGCAGCCAGGGACUCUGAACCCGGGGCCGGCCCACCCAGCCACCCAGGGUGGGGAACAAGACCGCCUCCCAGGGCCAGAAGCUGGGGAGGUCCUCGCUUCCUAGGAUGUUGGCUAGGGGAUCACACGCCCCACAUUCUGGGUCAAGCAUGGUCCUGCCCCAGCAUCUUGCUGGGUUGGGGGCAUCUCUGCACAGAUGAGUGCCACCCCAGCGUCUCCGCCAGGGUCUGGGCAUGUCACUCUUGGGCAUCUGUGCUCAGGAGGUCGCCAGGUGUGGGCAGGGCACCAAGCAGGGAGGUAGCUGAGGCUGGAAGACGCACAUCAGUGCCCCGCUGGGCUUCCUCAAGUGGGAACUGGUGGAGGGGGCGCUGGGCUGCCGGGCCAGGAUCAGCAGGCUCAGGCCAGCUCAGGGCUCAGAGUCGAGCCAGAAACCAAGGUGAAAUCUGCCUCUUGCUGCCGCCAGGGCCCUUGGGACAGGGACAGGAACAGCAGAAGGUAAAGUGGAAAGGAAUUGAGUAAUGGGCCCCCAGGCAAGGCUGAGCCAGGCCCCAAGCCCAGGAUUGGGGUCUCCAGAGUAUCUGGGGGCCCCAGGGCAGCUCACCCACAGCCUGGGGCCUAUGGGAGCAAGGGGGCUCCUGAUGGGUGGGGGCAGGAGCUUGGACAAAGUUAAAGGUCUUCUGUCUGAAUUGGUCAGGGGCCAAUGAAAGCCAAAAAGCUGGUGUGGUGGCUUAUGCCUGUAAUCCCACUUUGGGAGGCCAAGGCGGGUGGAUCACCUGAGGUCAGGAGUUCGAGACCAGCCUGGUCAACAUGGUGAAACCCCGUCUCCACUAAAAAUAGCUGGGCGUGGUGGCAGGCACCUGUAAUCCCAGCUACUCGGGAGGCUGAGGCAGGAGAAUCACUUGAACCUGGGAGAUGGAGGUUGCAGAGAGCCAAGAUCAUAUCACUGCACUCCAGGCUGGCUGACAGAGCGAGAAUCUGUCUCAAAAAAAAAAAAAAAAUCCAAAAAGGCGAGUGGGGAGCAGGAUGCUAGGCUGCAUGGGGGCCUAUGCCCCAACCGGAGGACCCCAGCCCCCUGCCAACCCUUCCCCAGCUCAGGCCCACCGGCUCCCUUCUCACACAGCUGCUCUGGGAGGGAGUCCUUCCUUGCCAAUACCUAAGAGAAUGGGCAGCAGGGACCCUGAGGACAGGUUGGGGACACCCAGAACAAGAAGAAGAUGGGACACACUAGGAGGCUCUUGGGCCCCUGCGUCAGGCCAGCAGGAGGAUAGGUGUGUAUUGUGACCUGAGGGACUGAACGUGGAGCUCCAGGGGAACCUCCCAGCCAGUGACACGCUGGCCUUGGGCCAGACGCUGCCCCGCGCCCUUGAGUGACGCCCGGGCCUCCCUGCACCCACCCGCUUUCCCUGUGGCUAAUGGCUUAGAGUGAAGGAUGGUGGGCAUGGGCGUGCCACGUGGGCUCAGCGUCCACCCUGCCCCAUGCACGCAGGCACCCAUCACACCAGGGCCCACACACAGGCUCCCAUCACACCCUGCCCCAUCACGGCAGUGCCCAGAGGGACGUGGGGCUCCCAGCUGAGGGCCAGCCCGAGGUCACAGGUGAGGAGAGGUGAGAGGCAAGGGGGCUUCCUGGUCUGGGUGGGCUGUGGCCCCCAAAACAUGUUGCUUAGGUCAAGCCAGUGUUCCCCAGCAGGGGUGAACAAUUUUCCCCCAGCCUGCCUGGCCCACCCUUUCUCCAGGGACGGUGCCCAGUGGGCCUUAUCUUCCCCAUGCCAGGUGUGAUAGUUAAUACUGUCAACUUGAUUGGAUUGAAGGAUACAAAGUAUUGAUGCUGUGUGUGUCUGAGAGGGUGUUGCCAAAAGAGAUUAACACUAGAGUCAGUGGGCUGCGGACGGCAGACCCACCCUUCAUCUGGUCGGCACCAUCUAAUCAGCUGCCAGCGAAUGUCAACCAGAAAAACGUGAAAAGGAGACGACAGGCCUCGCCUCCCAGCGUACAUCUUUCUCCUGUGCUGGACGCUUCCUGCCCUCGAACAUCGGACUCCAAGUUCAGCUUUGAGACUCGGGCUGGCUCUCCGUGCUCCUCAGCUUGCAGACGGCCUACUGUGGGACCUUGUGAUCAUGUCAGUUAAUACUUAAUAAAC